UCAAAGUUCGAAACAAAGAUGUUUCCAAAACCAGCGAGAUGUGCAAAGCCCCGGUGUUCAAUACUCAGCUCCGAUUAAAUUAUUGAUUAUUUUUACAGUGCUGAGUAUUAGAAAUAUACAGACGACUUUCAAUUCACAGAGAAAAUGUGUAGUUUCUGUCCCGCGUGCAGCAGCCCGGCGGUGCGCAGUUUGCGGUGUUGAUCUCGAGCUGACGUCUUUGCGCAGCUGCACAGUUGAAUAACACAGCUAGCUAACGUUAGCUCGCAACGGAUUCUUUGGGGUGGGUAAACAAACGUGUAAAGACACGGUUUUAGCGUAAUAGAAGGCUAUGGGAUCACAGCUGUUGAGUUAACGUAACGUUACGGGGACCAUGUCGGCGCUGUUGCUGCGGCAUCGCACCGGACUGUGCAGGAAAUACAGCGCGGGUUUAUUGUGGACGCUGUCGAGGCAGAACUGUCGCGUAAUACCCCAAAAGUCGAUAUCCAACGACGGCGGUAAACAUGUGCUGUUCAGAGGGGGGUGCUUCAGAAAGAGUCCGCCGCAGGGAGUCAUCCAGAGUCUCCUCCACAGGCCGAUGGGUCCUGGCAUGCUGGGAAUUAGCAAAGACUUAAUCAGGAACAACCUGCUGCAUAACCCUGUUGGUCUGAUAAAUCUAUUGGGAUCAAUAAACUUCUUCAGCACAUCUCGAUCCAAUCAAGAGGAAAAUAAAAGUGAUGGAGCAAAGGGAAAAACUCCGGAGGAAGACGAAGAGGAGAAGAAACGUCGCGAGCAGCAGGACCAGAUGUAUCGGGAGCGCCUGCGGACCCUGUUCAUCAUAGCGCUGGUCAUGAGCCUGCUGAACUCCAUCAACACCAGCGGGGGAAACAUCUCGUGGAACGACUUUGUCAACGAGAUGCUGGCCAAGGGAGAGGUGUCGCGCGUGCAGGUCGUUCCUGAGAGCGACAUUGUCGAAAUCUACCUUCAUCCCGGAGCAGUGAUCUUCGGGAGGCCCAGGCUGGCGCUCACCUACAGAAUGCAGGUCGCCAACAUCGACAAGUUCGAGGAGAAGCUGAGAGCCGCCGAAGAGGAGCUGAAUAUCGACGCUAAAGACAGGAUACCGGUGUCCUACAAGCGCACUGGAUUUUUUGGGAACGCGGUCUAUGCUCUGGGGAUGGCCGCUAUCGGCGUGGCUAUACUCUGGUACAUCUUCCGGCUAGCGGGCAUGGGUGGGAGAGAAGGCGGCUUUAGUGCUUUUAAUCAGCUGAAGAUGGCCAAGUUCACCAUUGUGGACGGCAAGUCCGGUAAAGGUGUGAGUUUCAAAGACGUGGCAGGCAUGCACGAGGCCAAGAUGGAAAUAAAGGAAUUUGUGGACUACCUCAAGAAUCCAGAACGGUACCUCCAGCUCGGAGCCAAGGUUCCCAAGGGCUCACUGCUGCUAGGGCCUCCGGGCUGUGGGAAGACGCUGCUGGCGAAGGCUGUGGCCACCGAGGCCCAAGUGCCCUUCCUGGCUAUGGCCGGAUCAGAGUUCGUGGAGGUCAUCGGAGGCCUGGGUGCUGCCAGGGUGAGGAGUCUGUUCAAGGAGGCCCGGAGCAGAGCCCCCUGCAUCGUCUACAUUGAUGAGAUCGACGCCGUGGGAAAGAAGCGCUCCACCAACGCGUCGGGUUUCUCCAACACGGAAGAGGAGCAGACCCUCAACCAGCUGCUGGUGGAGAUGGACGGAAUGGGGACAACGGACCACGUCAUCGUCCUCGCCUCCACCAACAGAGCCGAUAUCUUAGACAAUGCGCUCAUGAGACCCGGCCGGCUGGACAGGCACAUCUUCAUCGAUCUGCCCACCCUGCAGGAGAGAAAGGAGAUCUAUGAGCAGCAUCUGAAGAUCUUGAAGCUGACCCAACCAGCAGAUUUCUACUCCCUGCGUCUGGCUGAGCUCACCCCCGGCUUCAGUGGUGCAGACAUAGCUAACAUUUGUAACGAAGCCGCCCUGCACGCUGCCAGAGAAGGGCACAAGUCCAUCGAUACCUUCAACUUUGAGUAUGCAGUUGAGAGAAUAAUAGCAGGGAGUGUAAAGAAGAGUAAGAUCCUGUCCAAAGAGGAGCAGAGGGUAGUGGCCUUCCACGAGUCCGGGCAUGCCUUAGUGGGAUGGCUUCUCGAGCACACUGAUGCAGUCUUGAAGGUGUCCAUCGCCCCACGGACUAACGCUGCCCUGGGAUUUGCCCAGAUUUUACCUCGCAACCAGUUUCUGUUCACCAAGGAGCAGCUGUUUGAGCGGAUGUGUAUGGCGCUGGGAGGAAGAGCUGCGGAGGCAAUCACCUUUAACAAGGUCACAACAGGAGCGCAGGACGACCUGCGCAAGGUGACGCGGGUGGCCUACUCCAUGGUGAAGCAGUACGGCAUGUGUGACAGCGUCGGCCAAGUCUCAUUCCCGGACGCGGAGCAGCAAAGUGGCGCCGGGCGCCGUCCUUUCAGCCAGGGUCUGCAGCAGCAGAUGGACCACGAGGCGAAGAUGCUGAUAGCGCGGGCUUACAGGCACACAGAGAAGCUGCUGCUGGACAACAGAGACAAACUCAUACUGAUGGCCAACGCGCUGUUGGAACGAGAGGUGGUCAACUACGAUGACAUUGAAGCCCUGCUGGGUCCCCCCCCCCACGGGCCCAAGAAGUUAAUUCACCCGCAGAGCUGGUUGGAGGCCGAGAGGGACAAACAAGACACAGGAGAAGAAGAACCUCGACCAGCCCCCGUUAAACAAGGAGAAGACGACGUGAAUCCACAGCUGAGCUGAUCGUAAAAGUCUUUCCGUUCUUUAAACUGAGGCUUUGAUCGCUCACUUUGAAGCUUUUUAUGGCUGAGAGGGAAAUCUGCAAUGUUUCCGUGCAGAUAUUUUCCAGUUAGCCAACUAACUGAGUGCAACUUUGAGAAGGAUUCCUGUGGGAGGCAUUUCAUCAUUUCUCCUGUGUGUUUGCUGCACUGCUAAAUGCUGAUGCCGUGGAGGCACAAGAGACCGGUCGGUUCAAACGGGUCGCCAGAUAUUUAAAGAACGUGCAAUCGACCGUUUCAUGCUCAGUCUGCAAAGUGCACUAAUACCUUAAAAUGACAUGAGAUCAUUUUAAUGCAAACCAAACUGCAGCAUAUGUAGGUUUUGAUUUGCUUUGCUUGUAUAGAAUUGAUUUCACAUCUAUGAAUCUGUUUGAUAGAGAAAGGUUUGUUUUCUUUUUCUUCCUACUUUGUCAGAGAUGGAAGGCACCAAAUAUAUUAGCAAUAAUUCAGGGUACAUAAACACGAUAAGGUCUGCAUUAUUGUCAUGUUGAUUUUAAGCUGCAGAUAUCAGCCCACACACCUUGGUCAUCCUUUGACCACGACACACACAAAUGGAGUUAAUAGGUCGCUUUUCUUAGUCUUUUGGACUUUGUAUUGUUUGAUUGCCCCGAGUGACUAUUACGUUCCAAUGGAUUGUGUUGCUUAAUAUUAAAAGCUGAAUAAAGUUUUAAAAUAGUA